UCCGGGAGUUUCAAAAAUGUGAUUUUUGUAAACAAUUUCUGAAUAUGAGUGUCCAAAUAGUUUUUCUGGUCGAUACAGAUUUAAAAAACAACGUCAGAUCAUCAACAGUAUUAACAAAGUCUAUCUGCUUGUCUUGUAUACGAUUGUUAAGUCAUUUGUCCUCCUAUCUUGACAAAAACGGAGUGACCAGAAAAUCAAAACAAAAUUAUCAGAAAUUGAAAUGGGGUUAUAAGUUCUUUAAUACUAAAACUCAUCACACCCGGAUAGAAUCUCACAAAUUGUAUGAUUUUAAAGUAAGACAUUUUGAAGAAUUUGAAAACAAAUUACUGAGAAAAUUUCAAAAUGUGGAUACAACGAAAGGUAUAGCGUCGAAAAGAUUCAAGCCAGCUGACAGCUUGAACAAAGCUUUCACUGAAAUACUUGCAGAUUUUAAAUGGGAGUCUCAAGACUUUUGGUCACCCAUUAAAGGCAAACAAUUAAGAAAAGAUUGCAAUGAAAAAAGGCACUUGGUUGUCUUAUUUACAAACUGCCCGAAAAACUUUCAACAACUGAAAGAGUUCACUGGAAAAAGAGUCUUAGAUGAAGAGAUAUUUUUGAAUUCGCUAUUCCCUAACACUCUAUUUGAACAGUUCUGCCAGAUUGCAAAAUUGAAUUUAUAUUGGAUAGAUACACAUCCUAACAACACAAUUCAGGAUAAUAUAGAUCUUCAGGCACUUAAGAUUGUUCAAAAGUCUGUGGAAAAGACAGGAGGAGGUGUAGCAUCCUUGCAGGCUGUUGCUGAUUAUGGUUGCCCAUAUUUCACAAACAUUCAGUGUCUACUCGAAGAGGAGGGACAGGAUAAUGUUGGGGAUAAAUGCUCUGGUCAGUCCUUUCAGCUGUUGCCAUUAGCAACAGUAGCCAAAUCAUUUGCUUUUCCAAGUGACAACAAACUGUUGGAAAAAGUUCAGAGACAACAGGAUGAAAAAUGUAUUGCUAUACAAAUAGGAAAUAAGACGUUGGAAGUUUUAGCUACAAGACAAAUUAUUGUUAGCCAUGCAAAUAUAUCACAGAAGAAAACAAGUCCACCAGGAAAUGAACAUGAUAGUUGUUACCUCCAGUCAGAUGUACUACAGGGCUAUGCUGUAUUAAAGAAGAGCUUAUUAGGUUGUAGUUUUCCUGUUGUAGCAAGUUACCUGUGUUCAGAGAAGGUUAAAGCAGACACUGAAAAAACAACAGCAGGAUAUGUGGAGGGAAUGCUGGGAAAAGUUGUCCAAGAGCUUGUCUCUAGAAAUUGCAUACUGGUGUUGGUAUGUAACAAGACUGGACAACUGAUUCUAAUGGAACCACUGACCUCUCAUACAGCCACUUUGUCGGUACUGUCUGUAGACACCACUCUAUGUGUAGAAAAACAACUGCUGUUACAGGCCACCUGUAAACAGACCGUCUCAAGUACAGAUGAAGACAAACAGAAAUUUGUUGAUGAAAUGGUUGAUAAACUGGUGGGCUCUGUUCAUGUGCCCAGAGGGAAUGAUGUUGGAGAGUGUGUUGUAGGGAAACAUUUAGAUGGAUUACAGCUAGAUCGUCAUGUGGUGCCAGGAUGUUCUAAAUCUGUACAGAACCUCAUUUCUAAAUUAAAUGAAAGGAUAUCAGAAUUGGAUUUCUUGUCAUCAGAUGAAGUGGCAACUUUGAAACAGUUGAGUAAAAGUUACAGGAAAGCAAAGCAACCUCCAGGCUUGAGAGAUUCCUCUUUAACAUGUAAUACAGAAACAAAGAUGGAUGCUGUAGAUAAAGCUGUGGUAUCACAUAAAGGAAAGACCUCACAUGUAUCAUUAAGUAGGACAGAUAAGAUACUGUUCAAAAGUAAGGAGAUGGUACAAGAUAAUAAACAGAAGAAAACUGUCGACAGCGCUGGUAGUAAACUAGAGAGGGAUAAACCAGACGUGGCAGCUCAUUUAGCAGAUUUUCAAACUGAAGAGGAACUCAAGAAUUAUCUUACCUCCACUUAUGAGAGAGCAGCAUCAGGGGAAGUAACUGAUAUAGAUAGCUGUAUACAAUCUAUGGUCACAGUGGCACUUCAUUAUUUCAUGCUAAAAGAAGACAAAACAUGUGCAAAGGAGGACUGUAAGAAGCUUCUGAUGGAUACAUUACUGGCAACAGGUAACCAGUUGAGAGAGAAGUACAGUCAACAGGAGCAGCUACCAUUAGAACAAAAAAUUGCAGAGUAUGAGACACAGAUUCUUGUAAGAAUGGAGAUGAUAUCUACACUAGAGGAAAAAGAGAAGAGUGAGGAAUCUGAAGAUGUGGAUGAGAUUGUCAGCAUGUUGAGGACAUUGUCAUUUAUAUCAGAACCAGGGCUACUGUCUAAGUUUAUGCAAUCUUCCCUCCUUCACAACUACAUGCAUACAAUACCUCGGACAUUGGGAAAUAUCUAUGAUGAACUCAUGCAGCCACUACCAGAGAGUCUUGCCAAUAUUCUCUCACCAGAGGAUGCCAGCAUGGACCAGUCUGGACUGAAUGAUGAGUCUCUCAUGAGUGAAGAUGGACUGGGUCCACCGUCUGCAAGAACACGGUCACAUGGGUCAGUAGGGCCACAGUCUAAUCAGUCAGUAAAGCUGGAUACCUCACUUAAUACAUCAAGAGGCAGUAGAAAACUGGUACAUCAUUAUAGUAUGGUAGAUUUUGGAUCAAAGAGGCAAAUUGUUGUAGAUAAACUUCCAAAGCAGAAGACUGAGAAAAGUGCCAAGAAGAAAAUAAAAAGUUCUUCUAAGAGAAAAGCAGGAGAUAAAACACCUAAAUCACCAUAUGAUAAGAAGAGAAGUGGGGUAAAACUUCAGAGACGUCAAUCAGUGGCUGUGAUGGAGCGCACUCACAAAACACCUAAAAAGAAUACCACUCCAUCAAAGACUGCUGUAACUCCAUCAGGUAGAAGGGGAAGACUGGUUGCAGAGACACCCUGUCAUAAACAGGUUUCUAGCAUGUUGAAUAAGUCUUUACAACUGCAAGAACUGCAAAUGGAUGUCAUUAAAGAAUCACCUGAAAAAUCCUGUGAUAUAUCCUACAACAAUUCACCAACAAAAGGCAAGAGAGCAAAGGCUUUACUUAGACGUUCCUUCUACUCAGCUGGACCCACUAAGCGAACUAAAAAUCUCUCCCAGUACUUCCAACUAGCCAACAGAAUUGCUGGUCGGCCGCAUCCUCCAUCACCAGAGCGUAAGAAACUUUCCAAACUAAUCAGUUUUGAUACACCAGAACAGUUUAAAUCCCCUGACAAGAACAGCUCAUUUCUCCUGACUCAACUUGGUGCUAGUCCAUCACCAGCAAAGACCACUCCAAGGAAAUUUACAAAGACACCAAGCAAAAUAAUGGACUCACCAUCUCAUAACACAAGGUCUAAGUGUGAGUCUCCAGGAAGAGGAUUAUUUGGAAGAAGAUCUAUUCUAGCUUCCCCAGUGUCCCACACAAGGCAAAAACCAAGUAGACAACAGUCACCACGCAUUUUGGUUCCAGAUUCAGGCGUCAAGAAAGGCCCAGAGUUGCCCCAGACAACUCCAGAAAAGAGUCCUGUAAUUGGUGUGGUAACAUUAGGUUUGGACUCCCCAAGUCAAAACACCAGACAGAAACAUGCGCAAACUCCCACCCGUAAAUCAGUGAGAGCAGCCCUGUUUGCUAAAAGCCCUGUGACCAAGAAUCACUCUCCUUUCCGGGCAAAAGCAAGCCCUAGAACUCUGCCAGUGUGGUUCCCCAGUUAAGCAAGAGCUGUUGGAUCACCUGUCAAAUCUGUAAACACUCUUAAUAUUGACAAAACCAUGUCUCCUUUGCGGAAUGAACAACCUCAUUCUCUUAGAGGAGGGAAGACUCCUUUACAGUUUCAAGUGUCAAAUUUGUCUAAUAAAUUAAAUGCGGACAACCAGUUGCUUGAUGAAAAACAUUCAAAUUGUGCAAAGACACCAUCUCCAAAAGUGAAGAAAGUAGCUAAAACUCCAGAUUCCUUUGAUAAAUGGCGUAGAAUGAAACCUCGUAUGUCCCAACCCUCCCCUAGUGUAAAAAUACCACAAAAAGCCACCAUUACUAAUCAGGAAACCAUUGACAUUAUAGGCAAUGUAAACUUAAACCAAUCUAAAGCAAGCUUACUAGGAAAUCAGUCAGAAAUGAUUGAAGAAAAUAAAAUUAAAGGAUCUAACAGAAGAAAGCGGACCUUGAUACAAUCUCCGGAGAAAUCUGUGGGUUCUUUCAGUAAGAGGCGUCGAACUGGACAUGAUAGCUUUAUGGGUAGUCAGGGAUUUGAUGUAACUGGAUCAUUUAAUGAUCUAUCACAGAAAAGUUUCGACAGUUCAGUUGACUAUUUCUCUGCAUCAAAUGAUGAAGUUUUUGCAUCUCAGGAUGAAAAUACAGAGAAUAUGGAGAUUGAAGAGUAUAAUGUUGAGAAUAUAAAUAGAGCAUCAAAGAAGAGACAUCUGUUUGUCAAUGAAUGUGAUAAUGAACGGUCAGAAUCUCCAAUAUUUGGGAGUAAAAGCGGAAAAACUAGUAUCACUCAGGCAAUUUCAGACGAUUUAGAAAUAGGUCAAAAGAAUUCCAGAACUAGGAGAGAGUCUGGAAACAGGUCACCAGCAUGCUUAUUGAAAUCACCAGGAAAUAAGAAAUAUUCUCCAAAUGUAUCAGCAAAAAGCUUAAUGCACCUCAUUCAAUCACCGUUACUGAAGUCUCCAGAAGGUGAAACUGGUAAAAAUUCAUCAAAAUUGAUGAGUCCAAGGUCUAAAGCAAUCAGGUCUAGAAGGUCACUGAUACUGAACAAUUAAAUGUUUGCUCUAAGUGCUAUAUUAAAGUGUAAAUAAACAUGUUUAGUUAGAAAAAUAAUAUGUGAAUGUAGAAUAGUCAAUGUCUCCUAUUUUUACUCAAAGUGUUUCAUUUAUUUCUAGAAACAAGAUCUAAUUUUUGGUUUUGUUUUAGAAUUUGAUUACAAUUUAAGACCAUUUGUCAAAUUUAUGGCAAACAUUUGGUUUAUUUGUUUUAAAUACAGUAAUGUGUGCACUGAUGAACUUUAUCCUUCAUCAUGAUGGGGUUUCAACUUAAUAUUUACCAAAUACUUUGUAUUGAUAUUGAAACAAGUCUAUAUUUUGAAAAAGAUUUCUUGACACUAGUACAAGUAUGUUUACUAUACAAACAAUUAUCCUGUUAAGUUACAUAAUGUUGGCAUAUUUAUUUUAUAAUAAUAGAUUAUGAUCAUUUAGACUUAGUUCCUUUAAUUGUCACAUUUUUUCUAAAAAUCUAUAUGAAGUAUGACAUAUAUAAAAAGACUUUUCUAUAAAACUGUUAAUAUUUAAGAACUGAUAACCAAUUUGGCAAAUUGAAUUUAGCUGUAAAAAAAACAAUUAAAUUUGUUGAUAAAAUUUCAUUUAAAGUAUAUUAUUAAAAUCAUUUAAUUAGAGAAUGUUUGUAUUGUUCUAAGUUCCACUUUUUGAAAGAAAAUAGUGGAGCUGUUGUCAUGACACACAAAUUUGGCGAUGGUUAAGCUUAUUGUUAAGGUACAUUUUCUCAGAACCUUUUUAAUCUAUUUACUUUGCCAUAAAAGGACACCAUUUCAAAAUGGUAGAUAAUCCUAAAUUUAAUUUUUGCAAAAUUAUUCCGCUUUUCUAUGUUACUUUUAUGUAAAUAUCCAGCACUGAGAAAAAUGAAACACAGGUCUUGUUUUGUUUAUUGAUUAAUUAUGUGCACAGAUUUGAAUAUCAAAUGUAAGACAGAUGAAGUGUUUAAAAUUAGUUUAUUGACUUAAUUGUUGAACUUCUUAGUCAUAGAAAUCAGUUCUUCCACAUGUUAUCUAUUAAUUUAACAAAUUAAGAAUGUGUUCAUUUUAUUAUUUGAAUUGUGUGUUCAGAUUUACAAUAAUAAAGUGUUAAAUUUUUGUAGUAAAAUUUAAUUAUCUUUAAAUGUUCAGAUUAUUAUGAUCAAAUUUGAUUAAAUUUAUACUCUUUUCAUACACCUGUAAAAAAGAAAAACAGGAUGUGAAAUGGGAUUGCCCCUUGCAGAUGAGUGGCGUCCAUGUAGUUUCAAUCAUUGCAAUCAUUUUAGUUAAGUAUUUCUAGUAAUUUUGCAUAAAUUCUUAAAAUGCAAUAUUUUCACGUGAUACAAAGGCACUGAUUUAGUCAGGUUUCAUAACUUUUUAACAUCAAUUUUUGUAUACAUUUAUCUCUCCUUAAUUGUUUUCUU